AUGCUAGGGAUAAGAAUACUACAUAGUCCCGUAAGAUCAAUACGAUGCUCAUCACUAUUAUCAAAAUCAUUAAUAUCACAAACAUUAAAACGAAAUCAAUCACUCAAUAACUCCAUACCAUUGUUCAUAAAAUUUAGAAGUUUUCAAACCAAAUCAUUUAUAUUCAAUCAAAAUCAAGAUCAAAUGAAAUUAGAAAAUGAGAGAAACCGAUUAAACAAAUUAAUAAAAGAUAGAGAAGAAAGACAAAAAUUUAGAAAUAGAACAGCUACAUAUUAUUCAGCAUCAAUAGCAAUAUUAUUUUUAGCAUUAGCAUUUUCAGCUGUUCCAAUAUAUAGAGCAAUAUGUCAAAGAACAGGAUGGGGUGGUAUACCAAUAACAGAUUCAACAAAAUUUACUCCUGAUAAAUUAAUUCCAGUAGAUACAAAUAAAAGAAUAAGAGUUCAAUUUACUUGUCAAUCUUCAGGAAUUUUACCAUGGAAAUUUACUCCAUUACAAAGAGAAGUUUAUAUAGUACCAGGAGAAACUGCUUUAGCAUUUUAUAGAGCUAAAAAUUUAAGUAAAGAAGAUAUUAUAGGAAUGGCAACUUAUUCCAUAACUCCUGAAAAUGCAGCAGCAUAUUUUAAUAAAAUUCAAUGUUUUUGUUUUGAAGAACAAAGAUUAAGUGCUGGUGAAGAAGUUGAUAUGCCAGUAUUUUUUUUUAUUGAUCCUGAUUUUGCAAAAGAUCCUGGAAUGAGAAGUAUUGAUGAUAUUGUUUUACAUUAUUCAUUUUUUAAAGCUGCUUAUUCUGAUGGUGAACUAGCUGCGGUUCCAAUUGGGAAAGUUGAAUUUAAAGCUGAAUUAGUUUGA